AUAAGUGGGUUGUAAGUCACGUGAUCUCAUGGAUCACGUGCAGUGUGAAACUACUGAAUAAAGAAGCUGAAGAAAAGUUGAACUCAUAACAUGGUACCAGGAUCUCUUUCAAAGAAACUUUUCUAACUCCUAACUCCGACAUGGAACGUAUUAAACUUCCCUCAGAAUUGGAUAUUGAUAGUCUCAAUCUCGCAGAUAAAUGGAAGGAAUGGAAAGAAGCGUGGGAAUUGUAUCGGAUAUCGAGUAACCUUCACGAAAAGGACGAUGCCACACAGAUAGCAACUAUCCAAAGUAUUCUCGGGACCAAAGCAAGACGAGUGCUCAAAACUCUACCAAAUAUUCCCGAAGAUAUCACGCAAAGGACUGUUGGAGGUAUCUUAACAGCGGUGGAAACGUAUUGUGUUCCUCGGAAGAAUACAACCUACGAACGAUACGUCUUCAGAACGACCACCCAAGAAGACCGCUCGUUUGACAUAUUUGUCACAGAUCUCAGAAGAAGAGCUGAAUACUGCGAUUUCGGAGCGAUUAAGGAUUCUCUGAUACGAGAUCAAAUUGUGGUGGGCAUAAAUGAUAUCUACACCAUCUGAUGCCCGAUAUAUUCUUUACGAUAAGCGUGUGACGCCGUCACAGCCGUCACAACAGAGGGUACACUUGGCUUGACUCAUUCAUCAGACUGUUAAGGAUACUCAAACGGUUGACUGAACUUGACUCAUUCAUCAGACCUAUGAAGAGAACCCGCAACUUAGACAGCGAGCGAAAUACCUUAGAAAAUGUAAAGAUGCGGUUUGGAACCGCUGGACAAAAGAGUACCUUCGUGGGCUGCGAGAACGUCACACGGUAAAACAUAAGGACUCCACCUGUGGAGUUAAGAAGGGAGAUAUGUGCAUCAUCAAAGACGACAACAAAGAUAGAAAUAAAUGGAAGCUUGGGAUAGUUGAAGAGCUGUUUGCGGGACACGACGGGGUCGUGAGAGCUGUGAAGCUUCGGGGAGGCAAGAGCUAUCUGGAGAGAGCAGUGCAGCAGCUGCACCCACUGGAGCUGUCCUGUUACAAGUCUCGGGAAGUGCCGAAACCUCCACUGAAUCCUGAAGCGCUUGCUUUCAAACCAAAGGGAGAUGCCGCAGUCGCAGCCAGGCAGAGUCCAAAGCAUUGCUGAACUUGACCGAUACGAUUAAGAAACAUUGUUCAUUUAAAGCCUUGUUUAAUUUGUUUUGAAAGAAGAACAUUAACUGAGUGAAUUGAAACUGAUUUCCGUCUACUAGGUUUCAAUCGAAUGAAAUUUAAGAACUUUACUUGAAUUGUAUUUGCUUCCGUGACGGAAGCAAAUAGGGGAGUGUGUUGAGACAAUUUAAGUUAGAUUGUGUGACAAGUUAGUAAGAUAAGUGAGUGCGUGGUGACAACUUUUCGCUUGUGGUUUCAGUGUCGGUAAUGGGAUCAAUUAACCGGUCCAUUUGUUAGCUGAUAUCGUUAUCUAGGUGGAACACACUUCAGCAUCGAAGAGAAUACCUACANGUGGUGGAAUGUUAAGACAGUGGUUGCUCUACAUGGCCUAGACUUUGACGACUGUUUCGAUUUUUGUAGAAGUGACAUUACUAGAAGCCAGAUUACUGGAGCCAACCAUCCUUACCAAAUUUAGAUUAAAUCAAUGUUAAUGUCUUUAAGUAGUCCUUCUUCUUGAGAAUCGU